AAAAAAAAAAAAAUAAUACGCAAAAUCUCAAAAACCUUCACAAACAGACACGACAAAUAAAAGGAUUAGUAAUACACAAACAAACAGUAAGUGAAGGGAACAAAUUUGCAACACACACCGCCUUGUUCCUCCACCACCGUGACCACACACACGCGCCGGGCAGGUGAGGGACGCUAAUUAAGGCAUGGCGUCCCAGGUGGAGCUGCCCCGGUACAGUCGUUACGGGACCACCUACGACUACAACUUAGGGCCGCAGACGACCUACCCCUCGGAUUACAGUCAGGUGGGAGCGAACUACGACCUCAGCAACUACCCUGCUGAGUACGCCGCCGCUACUGCAGGCGCCACCCCGAGCCAGUCGCAGAACCCCGACCCUUACACAACUGGCUUUGGGCAGGACAACACUUACUACGACAACACUAACUACAACCAGGCCUACGACUACCCGGCCCAGGAGUACAGUCAAGCGGAUCCCUACAACGAGGCAACAUAUUCAUACAACGAAGCUUCAGAUCCAUACAACGAGGCCUCAGAUCCAUACAACCAAGCAUCAGGACCAUACAACGAGGUUUCAAAUCCCUACAACGAAGCUUCAGACCCGUAUAACGAAGCCUCGGGUCAAUAUGCUUACGAGGACGGUCAGCAGGCCUAUGAUGACCCCGCCGCUGGUGACCUGACGUAUGAUCCACUGUACACUUACGAGAGACCGGUAGUCUAUCGCCAGGACGCCAACCUACACAACGAGGGAGAGUUCCAGGGCACUACUGAGGUCAAGUCAGCAUACCGAGCUUACGACACCUACAGGAAGCCCACGACUGGCCGCCAAAGACAGGACCAUCUUCACCAGGAAGGCGGAGUAGCAGGCGACACCGAGCACCGGACACAGUACCAAAGCUAUACCGCCGCUCGUCCUCUCGCUUACCGGCAGGGUGCCAGUCUUGCUCCGGGUGGCAAGUUUGAGGAAGGAACAGAGUACACACAAGAGUACCCGGAGAAAAAGAGCAACAAGAGAUCUGCGAGGAAGUACUCAGACAAUCUAAAACUCGAGGGAGAUCUUACCCAAGAGACAGAACACCAAAGACAACACCAGCCACACCAAGCUCAGCGCCCUGUCCUUCAGAAGCAAGGUGGAAACCUCAAGACAGAAGGCUCUUUCUCUCAAGACACAGAGUACCGCCAGCAGUACCCACAAAAGCAGUCCAACAAGCGUAAUGCAAAGAGAUACUCGGAUAACUUGAAGAGUGAAGGAGACUUUAGUGAGUUGACAGAAACUCGUGAAAAACACAAACCUUACCAAGCCAAACGCACUGCACCACUAAAACAGGGCGCUCAUCUGACAACAGAAGGAAAUUUCUCCAAAGACACAGAGUACACAAAACAAUUUCCACAAAAACAUUUGGAUAAACCCACUGCCAAAAGGCACUCAGAUAACUUAAAACCACCUACUCAAGGGGGCAAAUUUGAGGAAGGGACAGAGUACACACAACAGUACCCAGAGAAGAAGAGCAACAAGAGAGCCGCGAGGAAAUAUUCAGACAACUUAAAAUUUGAAGGAGAUCUUGCCCAAGAGACAGAACACACUCAACAGUACCCGGAGAAGAAGAGCAAAAAGAGAGCAGCAAGGAAGUACUCAGACAACUUAAAACUUGAGGGAGAUCUUACCCAAGAGACAGAACACCAAAGACAACACCAGCCACACCAAGCUCAGCGCCCUGUCCUUCAGAAGCAAGGUGGAAACCUCAAGACAGAAGGCUCUUUCUCUCAAGACACAGAGUACCGCCAGCAGUACCCACAAAAGCAGUCCAACAAGCGUAAUGCAAAGAGAUACUCGGAUAACUUGAAGAGUGAAGGAGACUUUAGUGAGUUGACAGAAACUCGUGAAAAACACAAACCUUACCAAGCCAAACGCACUGCACCACUAAAACAGGGCGCUCAUCUGACAACAGAAGGAAAUUUCUCUAAAGACACAGAGUACACAAAACAAUUUCCACAAAAACAUUUGGAUAAACCCACAGCCAAAAGGCACUCAGAUAACUUAAAACCACAAGGAGAGUUUGGAGAUAUAACUGAAACUCAGGAAAAACACCAACCAUUUCAGGCGAGGAAACGCACAGCCAGGAAGCAAGGAGCGCACCUGUCACCUGGAGGGAACUUCUCAAAAGACACAGAAUACACUCAAGAAUUCCCAAAGAAGGAGUCAAAGAAACGUGAAGCAAAGAUAUACACAGACAACCUAAGAACAGAAGGUGACUUAGAAGAGAAAGAAACAGAAACUGCAGCUAAACACAAGCCAUUCAUAGCCAAAAAACAGUCCCCAAAGAAACCUGACACCAAUCUUUCAGUACAAGGUAAAUUUGCUGAUGCUACAGAAUACAAGCAGCAGUUCCCCAAGAAAGGGCAAAAUAAACGCUCACCAAAAAGGUACACCGAUAACCUGAAGCAGGAGGGAGAUUUUGAGGAAGGAACUGAAACAAAAGAAAAGCACCGGUCUUUUGAGGUCGCCAAACGGUCACCCCUCCGCCAGGAGGCGACACUCGCACAGGAGGGAACCAUUUCUGCAGAAACAGAGUACCACAAGCAGUUUAAUUCCAAAAGAAGUGAUAGAGUUCCAGCAAAACGCUACAUUGAUAAUCUAAAGCAAGAAGGUCAGUUAGGCGACGAGACGGAGUACAACGACAAACAUAAAACGCUAGAAGUCCAUCGACGUUCUCAGCUCCGGAAACACACGUCGAACUUUUCGACAGGGGGAGACUUUUCCAAGGACACAGAAUACCGACAGCAGUUCCCACAGAAAGUCUCGGACAGAGAGAAACCCAAGAAGUACCUUGAUAAUCUCCAUCCAGAGGAAGGCGAGCUAACCAAAGCUACUGAAUACAGAUCAUCAUUCGGGGCGAGGACUGUGGAGAAGCGUGGGUCCAGGAAGCCCCUUGACAUUCCCACGCAAGAUUCUUUGAAGGAACAACGCAUUCAGCCUCAGGAAAAACAUGACCAACGCAAAACUACCAGAAAGUCUGAGGAAGCGGCUGGGAACAUUGAGCCAUACCAACCUACCGAUCCCUCUAAGCCAGAGAGGCGUGCAGGAGGACCUUUAAAGAGUGAAGGAAAGCCUGCAGGACACACAGAGUACAAGUCUAUGUACCAGCGUCCGGAGGGACAAAACCGUCGCUCCUAUCGUGCUCCAGAUAACCUCAAGACAGACGGAAUCUUUGGGGAUAGAACUGAAAUUAAGGACCAAUACCGCCACUUUACUGUAGAAAGACCAGCUAUCCGGCGCCAGAGGACAAGCUUAAGACAAGAGGGGAAGUUCGGACAGUCCACUGAAUUCAAGGAUAAAUUUCGGGCACUGGAUGUAACGCGGCCAACAAUCAACAAGAUGACACCAAACCUGAAGCCAGAGGGAAGCUUUGGAGAAGUCACCGAAGUUCAAGACAAGUACAAAGACCUUGGCACACACCGUAACAUUGCUCCUAAACACGGCUCCAAUAUCCGAUCAGAAGGACAUUUUGGAGAGAAGUCUGAAAUCAAGGACAAGUACAGACAGUUUGAGACGCACAGAAAAAUAGCUCCGAGACACGGCUCCAACCUGAAGCCUGAAGGUGACUUUGGAGAAACUUCAGAACUUCGAGACAAAUAUAAAGCAUUGGACCCCAAGAGGAACAUAGCAAAGCGACACACAGCCAAUAUUAAACCUGAGGGGGACUUUGGGGAAACAUCAGAAAUCCAUGACAAAUAUAAGCCAUUGGACACAAACAGGAACAUCGCCAAGCCCAUCAAAGACAAAAUCUUGAUAGAAGGAGAGUUUGGUGAGAUGUCUGAGGUCCAUGACAAAUUCAAACCAAUGGAAACGAAGAGGAACAUCGCCAAGAAACAUUCAGCGAAUCUGAAACCAGAAGGAAAGUUUGGGGAAACCUCUGAGCUCCAUGAUAAGUACAAAGCUGUGGAGCCUAAGAGGAACAUUGCAAAACGGCACUCUGCUAAUAUCAAGCCUGAGGGAGAGUUUGGUGAGAAGUCUGAGCAGCAUGAUAAAUACCGAGCUCUCGAGCCAAAGAGAAACAUUGCCAAGAAACAUUCAGCUAAUCUGAAACCCGAGGGAGACUUUGGGGAAACUUCUGAGCUUCAUGACCAAUACAAGCCUCUAGAAACUCACCGCAACAUUGCCAAGAGACAUUCAGCAAAUAUAAAACCAGAGGGAGAUUUUGGAGAAACUUCUGAGGUUCAUGACAAAUUUAAAGCCCUUGAAACCAACAGAAACAUAGCCAAGAGACAUUCGGCAAAUCUAAAGCCAGAGGGUGAGUUUGGGGAAACAUCAGAGUUACAUGAUCAAUAUAAGGUUUUGGAAACUCACAGGAACAUUGCAAAGAAACACUCAGCAAACCUGAAGCCAGAGGGAGAGUUUGGAGAGACGUCUGAGUUACAUGACAAGUACCGAACUGUUGAAGCUAAAAGAAACAUCGCGAAGAAGCAUUCUGCCAAUCUGAAGCCAGAGGGAGACUUUGGUGAAACAUCUGAGGUUCAUGCUCAGUACAAGCCCUUGGAGAGUCAACGAAACAUUGCCAAGAGACACUCAGCCAAUAUAAAACCUGAAGGGCACUUCGGGGAAAUCUCAGAGCUCCAUGACAAAUACAGGGCUAUGGAGCCCAGGCGAAACAUUGCCAAGAAACAUUCGGCCAAUCUAAAGCCAGAAGGAGACUUUGGAGAAACUUCUGAGCUUCAUGACAAUUUCAAGGCCCUAGACACCCAAAGGAACAUCGCCAAGCCGAUCAAAGAUGAACUUCGGCCUGAAGGAGAAUUUGGGGAAACCUCAGAACUCCAUGACAAGUUCAAACCUUUGGAAAGCCAGCGAAACAUUGCUAAAAGACACUCAGCCAACCUGAAGCCAGAGGGAGAGUUUGGUGAGACAUCAGAGCUGCAUGACAAGUAUCGGGCCAUGGAACCUAAAAGAAAUAUUGCCAAAAAACAUUCAGCCAACAUUAAACCCGAGGGACACUUUGGUGAAACAUCUGAAUUGCAUGACAAAUAUCGAGCCAUGGAACCCAAGAGAAACAUCGCCAAGAAACAUUCGGCCAAUCUGAAACCAGAAGGAGACUUUGGAGAAACAUCUGAGCUCCAUGACCAAUAUAAGCCUCUGGAGAGCCAACGAAACAUAGCCAAGAGACACCCCGCCAACCUGAAGCCUGAAGGAGACUUUGGCGAGACAUCUGAGCUUCAUGACCAAUACAAACCUCUUGAGACUCACAGGAACAUUGCUAAGAGACACUCAGCAAACCUCAAACUAGAAGGGAACUUUGGUGAGACCUCUGAGCUAAAAGAUAAGUACCGAAACCUUGAACCUAAGAGGAAUAUUGCCAAGAAACACUCAGCAAACAUCAAACCCGAGGGACACUUUGGGGAAACAUCAGAACUACACGACAAGUUCCGAAGCGUUGAGCCAAAGAGAAAUAUUGCCAAGAGACACCCAGCAAACUUGAAGCCCGAGGGAGAUUUUGGGGAAACAUCCGAGUUGCAUGACCAAUACAAACCUCUAGAGACUCACAGGAAUAUUGCAAAGAGACACUCCGCGAACAUCAAACCUGAGGGAGACUUCGGUGAGACUUCAGAGUUAAAAGAUAAGUACCGAACACUAGAACCUAAGAGAAACAUUGCCAAGAAGCACUCGGCUAACAUCAAGCCCGAGGGACAGUUUGGUGAAAAGACAGAAAUCCAAGACAGCUACAGGAGCUUGGAGACGCAGCGGAAUAUAGCCAAGCGCCACAGUGCCCAGCUCAAACCAGAGGGUAUGUUCAAUGGGACAACAGAACUCAAAGACAAAUACAAAGGUUUUGAGUCCCAUAGGAAUAUUGCUAAACGCCAUGAAGCACAUUUGAGACCUGAGGGUGAGUUUGGAGAGACUUCAGAACUCCACGACAAGUACAAAGGCUUUGAAUCGCAAAGGAACAUCGCCAAACGCCACUCACCAUACCUGAGGCCCGAAGGAGAUUUCGGGGAGGUGUCCGAAGUGCACGACAGAUACAGAGGGCACGAUUCGAGGCGCCCCAAGUUGGAGCGCGUGGAUGACGACCAUUUAUGGAAUGACGGACCCAGAUAUGUAGUGGAGGGCAAGUCGGAAACAAUGUCCAAGUUCACUGACUACCCUGGGGUAAAGAAUGACGACCUGAGAGUGCCUCCCCGUUAUGAACACAACGCUCCUACGGUGACUGUCGCCUGAGGACGCCGCGCAGGGUAUCCCAGAGGCCCUGCUUCACUCCCCACGUCAAAAGAACGUUUUUAGUUACUGCAACAUAUCGUGAUUCCAUAACCUCAUCCUGUGCCUCAACCUUGGCCUCAGCGAGUCUCCUCUGAGGCAGGCCUCGGGAGAAAGCCCGCAUGAGGCAGGAAAGUAGGCACCUCUCACGGUACAUCUUCACUACAUUUCAAAUAAUUUUCGUCCAUCAUCCUCGCCAUCGCGCCACCUCCACAUCCACUUCAUUACAGUCAUACCUACACAUGCAACAGUCGUAGUAUAGUCGUAGUACAGUCACCAUUUCAACAAAAUUUUAUAAAUCUUACCUAAUCGCGCGAAGUAGUUGUUCACGACAAAGCCUUAACUGAUGCUGAAUAAUUUUGACUCCACGUGCACCUGUCUUUUCACAUCACACUGCUAUGUCAAUAGUUGCUCCAUUACACAGAAACAGACCACAUGCAACAAUGAACCUUGAAAUGACAAUCAAUUCACCAUCCACUCUUUGUUGCAUCAUCAUAGUCCCACCGUACAAAACACCAGUAAAUCCAGUUUAGCUUGGUACAAAUAGUUUAAGAAUAAAUCAUAUAUCUAAGGCCUCGCAUCUGUUAUUUUCAUAGGCGAUUAAUUACGUUCUAUUUCUUUGACGUUUCUGAUACAUAAAUAUUAACAUUGGUUAAAUCAGAUUGAACCGUUAACACGACUACUUUGUUUACAGAAAAAGACAUCAAACGGAAUCAGUUUCUUUAUCCAUUGAAGGUUGUAUGGCAGGUGCCUUAACUCUCUCAAAAUGUUACCAUGCACGCUAUAAGACGGCAAAACAAGAGGGUGAAAGGAAACGAGACAGGAUUUCUGAACACCCCCACACACUCUACCAUUACCUUCAAUUAUAACCUACAACGACUCCUAAAACAUUUAUAACAGUACUUACAACUUUACUGCAAUGACCAGCAAUUUACCACGAUAAUAAUAUUUCCCUGUUCACGACCCUACCUAAAUGUCAUACACACACGAACCUUGUGGCACUAUCAAUGUAUAGUGCCAACCAAGGGGAGCCAGUGCUGUGAUGCCUCUGGAAGGUGACACCAUUACAGGAGUGACUACGUAAUGUGUGUACACCUGUAAGCUCGCCACACAUGUACCAAAUCACGUUUAUCUACACAUCUGUUUGUUUAUCAAUUGCUCUCCGUACUAACCUAACCUCCUCUCACUCAAACCACACUGUUUACCUACAUACCUGUUUGUUUGUUGAUAUAUUGUCCUUCCUAUUAACCUGGCCUGACCUAACCUAACACUCACUUAGGUCACAAUAUUUACCUACACAGUUGUUUAUCUAUUGACCGAUCCUUCUACUAAGACGCAAUAAAUGACGCAAUAAAUGAAAUAAAAGAAUUAACUGGUCAUGUAUUUGAAAGUACUACUUGUCUAAUUCCUAUGUUUCGUUCUGUCUUGUACUUUCUAACAAUAGGGGUUAGAUUCACCGAUUUACCUAAUUAUCUGUUGUUUACCUAUCCAAAGUGGAAGAUGGAAAUAGGUUAACUUAUGCUCCAGAUGACUAAGUGACUUGUUUUGUUAAUUUUAUACCACAAGACCUACUUUUUGUACUUAGUUAUGGAGAAAUAGGAAAAUGACGAUAAAAAAGGGCCUAUAUUUGGUAGAAAACUAUUGGAUAUUGAGAGAAACGUCAUUGUGUUGCUUCGUGUUGACAUUUCCUUCAUGCCACGAAACACUGGAAAUAGUUGGUUGUGUGUGUGUGUGUGUGUGUGUGUGUGUGUGUGUGUGUGUGUGUGUGUGUGUGUGUGUGUGUGUUAUGAAGAGUAGAUAAAACACUGCGCAAAAGUAGAGGGAGUCAAUAUGUACUAAUAAAAAAGCUUACAAGUUUGAUAGUGAAUUUUCUUAACUUUCAUUGCCGUCUGUCACUGCUCUUGACAAACACCUACACACUUGAUCUGUUAAACACAAUACAAUAAAAAAAUAUACACAUGUAAAGUAAAAUAAUUAUUGUACCUUGAUUUACAUGCCGUUGACAUAUCAC